AUGUGUGCUUGUCGCUUGGAAUGUGGGGGGUCAUCCCCGUCCUCACCCCACGGUCAGUUUGAUAUAGACGACUAUUACAGCCUUGCCCAGACGAUGGGUGACCGGGAGGAGGAUGACAAUCCCAGCACCCCUACCGAAGAUGAUGUCUACACACAGCUGGCUCAGAAAGAAAGGGAUCUCACCCUUGCGGCGGAGUUAGGGAAAGCCUUAUUGGAGAAAAACGCUGAGCUAGAGAGGAAAAAUGAACUAUUAAUUGAGGAGUACUCCAAAAAAUUAGAGGAACUUGAACAAGAGAAAUAUGAGCUGCAUUUAAAAUUAGAGAAGACAGAGGCAGAGUAUGAGAACAAAAUAAAGGAGCUACAGUAUGACAUUGAACAGAUCCGACAUGAUUUCCAGUCACAGAUGUUCCAGAGCACCUCGGAUGACAAGGAGAAAUCACAUAUCAUAAAGGAUAUAACCCUCCAAAAUGAACGCCUCAAGGAAGAUGUUCAACGGGCAAUAUUCCGUGAAAAUGAACUUUCUUCAGAAGUGCAGGGUCUCCGCGAGCAAGUCAUGUCGCGGAAAUCAUCCAUGCAUAUUCAUCUCAGUCAGCUGGAAAUCCUGCAGGAAGAGAUCACUGUACUGAACCAGAGGAAAGCAGAGCUGGAAAGGAGGAUUGCUGUACUGUCUGAAGAAAAAGAGGCCAUGAAGGGUCGACAUGAGGACUCUGUGGAGAAAAUAAUGACUCUGGAAAAACAGAACAGAGAGAAGGAACAACAGAUACAACACCAGCAGAGAGAUCUGAUAGAGCUUCAGGAGACAAAUUUACAAUUAGAAGCUCAGCUCCACAACCUGGCUAAUCAGAAUUUGUCCCGCGGACAGGUGCUCAGCAGUGAAUUAGCUGACCAGGGAGGCUCGCACUCCUUGUUUAAUGAAAUGUCAAGAAUAGGCCAACUUCACCACAGUAAUGGUCAGUCUAACGGAAAUGGUCAUUCUACAUCUCUGUUUGAGGAGCUGUCAGGUGCCUCCAAACAUAUACCUGUAGCUAACAUGAUGUUGGACGGUGAUGACAGUUGUAGCCUCCGGCCGAUGUCAAUGUCGCAGAUGAUGGAAGAAGAUGACUUCGAGUGUGAUGAUGAAGAGGUCUGUGUUAGUUACCAUGGGUCAGAUUCAUCACCACUCAGCUCCACCAUGUUGUCAGACUCAGCCUUCCUCUCACACUUUCAGAGAUCUUCAUGUGCAAUGGAUAUUGAUUGUGAGACACAUGCACAGCUCAAGGCUAUACUCAAGCUACAAGAGGAGCUGGUCCAGUCUUAUCGGCAGCUUAGACAGAUGUGUUCCGACUUCAGCCCGAUGAUCCCACGAAAUCGGAAUUCUAUCCUGGAAGAAGAUGGAAUUCAGCCGGGCAAAUUAACAGGUGUUUUACAAAACCUUCGGGAGCUAAUGCAGGAUAUGGUACCUCGCAAAGUUAUGUUCUCUGCAGCAUCCCAGGCUAAUUUAGCUGAUGAUGAGGAGGAUAUUUCCUUAUCAGAGCUACAGAAGCACAUCGGGGAGCUUAAGUUUGAACUCACAGAGGCCCAAGGUGACCUUGAUAGAGUCAAGACAGAGUUGAAGGAGCGAGAUCAGCAGCUAGAGACUAAGAGUCAGGAGCUAGGCCAGCUUACCAACAAGGUAAAGGUGUCAAUUCUAGAGUUGACAAUGCAGCAUGAUGAAAUAUCACGGGUACAGUCACAGAGAGAUCAGAUACAGAACAUGUCAGGAUGUGCAAUGACCAGGGAUGAGGUCAUUGAGCAGGCCCGAAGGGAUCGGGACGACGCCAUAGAAAAACAAAACAAGAUGGAGAUAGAAUUGGCUAAAGCUAAGCUGGACCUGCUGAGUCUUAACAGUCAACUGAUGGAGACUAUUCAACAGAAAGUGGCACUGUCACAACAGCUUGACCAAUGGCAGGGCAAGGAAGCAGGGGUUGAUAUGGAGGAAAUGCUCGACUCGCAGAUGAAGAAACGGAUUCAAGAACAAUCUGAGAAGGAGAUCAUUGUGGAUAAGUUAACUAAACAGAUCAAAAUGAGAAAAUCUAAAUCCAGCUCUUUUGUAUGA